AUGGAGAAACUCCCCGAGAUCCGAUCCGUUCAGCUCCAGAUGAAAGACAGCCCGGCGUGGGCCGCCAUGCCGGAAGAGAGUCGGAACGAAAUCAUGGAGCGGCACAACGACAACGAGCGCAGUGUCUCGUCCUCCUUGCUCCUCUGCAACGAGACCAUCCACAUGCUCAUGUACCUGACCAGUGACGAGGCAGUCCGCAAGCCCUUCCUCGCUCCCGCCCUCUCCCCCCGCCUGGCCAACACCCUGCUUUCGAUCGUAGACAAGCUGGUGGGGACGAAAGGGUUGGAGAUCAAGGUGGAAAACCCCGACGCUUUGAAUUUCAAACCCAAGGAGAUGCUCCGGGAGGUGGCCCUGACCAUCCUCCAUUUCGCCGGGGAGCCUGCCUUCCACACCGCCCUCUCCGAGUCGGGCUACUACCACGAAGGGAUGCUUGGCAAAGUCCAGCAGACCAUGAAACGGGUGGGGGGCAUGAGCGAGACGCAGCUUGAGGCAUGCACGGCCCUGGAAACCGCCGUGGCCUCGGCGGCCGAAAAGGCAGAGGCGGAGGAUUUGGGCGUGGAGGUGCCGGACGAAUUUCUGGACCCCUUGCUCUGCACGUUGAUGAAAGACCCCGUGCGGCUGCCCACAUCCGGCUACGCGAUGGAACGGGCGGCGAUCGAACAACAUUUGUUGAACCAACCUACGGACCCGUUCAACCGUCAGCCGUUGAGUCUAACGGAUCUGGAGCCGUUACCAGAAUUGAAGGCGAAGAUUGAGACAUGGGUAGAGGAGCAGCGAUUGUCAAAAAGGAAAGAGAAGGAGGAGAAAGAGGCGCAUGGUGUUUGA